AUGUCGACUGAAGGCGUCACCCCCAAAGAAUCAAAGGCCAGCCAACAACAACGCCCAAAGACAGAAAAGAAAAAGAAAGAAGACACAACGAAAUUUUUAGUGAAGACUCCAAAGGGUACUCGUGACUACUUCCCAAAGAUUAUGAACGCAAGAGAGAUGGCAAUUCAAACGAUUACACGAUGUUUCCGUCGACACGGCGCCGUGUCGAUAGACACUCCAGUAUUUGAGUUAAAAGAUAUUUUGACUUCGAAAUAUGGAGAAGAAGGAGGCAAAUUGAUAUAUGACUUAGCCGAUCAAGGGGAAGGUGAGAAGUUGUCGAUGAGAUAUGACUUGACUGUCCCAUUUGCACGAUACAUCGCCUCGAAUGGAGUUAAGAAGAUUAAGAGAUAUCAAAUAGGGAAGGUCUAUCGACGUGACCAACCUUAUAUGACAAAAGGAAGACAAAGGGAAUUCUGUCAAUGUGACUUUGAUAUAGCUGGGGAAUACGAUCCAAUGAUUCCAGACGCCGAAAUCGUUUCAAUAUUGAAUGAGGUUUUAACGGAUCUUGAAAUUGGGGAGUUCAGAAUUAAGAUCAACCACCGGAAAAUCCUUGACGCUAUAUUUAUUCUUGCUGGAGUGCCACGAGAAAAGUUCCCCGCCAUAUUCAGUGCAGUCGACAAGUUGGACAAAGCUAGUUGGGAAGAUGUCGAGAAGGAGAUGGUAGAGACCAAAGGGUUAGAUGCCGCAAUAGCCAAGAAGAUAGGAGAGUACGUUAAAAUGCACGACAAACCCAAAGAGAUGUAUGAGAAGUUAGUCGAGAUGAAACUUGAAGAAAGUGCUCCCGAGGCCAUGCAUGAUAUGAAGUUACUCAUCCAGUAUUGUGAAGCAUUUAACUGCUUAAAUCGGGUCGAAUUUGAUUUGAGUUUAGUCAGAGGGUUAGACUAUUAUACUGGUGUUAUCUUUGAGGCUGUGAUGGUUGUUGGAAAUACAUCUGUUGGGUCAAUAGCAGGUGGAGGAAGAUAUGAUAACUUAGUUGGUAUCUUUGGACCAAACAAGAUCCCAUGUGUAGGCUUCUCUGUAGGACUUGAAAGAAUUAUGAUCAUCUUAGAGGAGAAAUUGAGUAAGACUGCAAAACUCUUUGAAGCUCAAACAGAAGUCUUUGUAUGUUCUGUAGACAAAGAUAGACUUAUUAAUCGUCUCGAAUACUUAAAUAGACUCUGGGCAGCUGGAAUCUAUGCGGAAACUAUUCAAAAGCUUAACCCGAAAAUUAAACAAGAACUGAGAGAUGCCGAUGAUAUCGGAUGUUGCUUUGCUAUUGUCUUUGGUGGUAAUGAACUCGAACAGAAAAAGGUGACUCUUAAGAACUUGAGAACACAAACACAAAUCACUCUCGACGACGACAAAUUGAUCUCAGCACUUGUCGCUCGACUCACUAGAAAAGAAAUUUAUUUGACUCAAGACCCAGAACUCUUCGCUACAGAAGAAGAAAUUAAAGUUUUCACCCUUCAGAGACACAAACUUGCAAGCGGCAUCUAA